AUGGCCUCCCUUCUCUCUGCAUCCGCUAUCCUCCGCUUUAUCCACCAUGGCUUUCACGAGUCAGAGCUCCUCCCCGACGAUGUUUUCUCCCUCGCAACCUUCCCCAUCUCCUUGUUCCUCCUCUACGUCUCGAUCACAGGAUCCACGGGCGUCUCCAUGGUCCUCCACCUGAAGCCGGACUCCACUGGAGUUGAGGUCACCGGUUUCGCCACCGCGUCGAUAGUCUCCCGGGCCACCUGGAUGUGGAUGAACUCACUUCUGAACAAGGGUUACCGAUCUCCCCUGAAGCUGCAGGACGUUCCGACCCUCACGGAGGAGGACCGCGCAGAGCGUAUGUAUGAGCUGUUUCGGUCAAACUGGCCUAACCCUGCCCUCCGGUCGAACAAUCCUGUUCUAACCGCGCUGCUCCGGUGCUUCUGGCCGAUCCUCGCGCUCACCGCCUCUCUCUCUCUAUCAUCCGAUUUAUUGUGCUGUAUGUUGGCCCCCUACUGAUCAACCGGUUCGUUGACUUCGCCUCUGGGAAGAACCGGCGCUCGCCCUUCGAGGGGUUGUAUCUCUGCGGGAUCCUCAUAGCGGCGAAGACCGUAGAGGUAUUUGCCGCCCACCAGUGCAACUUCCAGUCGCUGAAGCUGGGGAUGCUCAUCCGCUCCACACUCAUCACUUCGCUCUACCAGAAGGGUUUCCGUCUGUCCUGCUCCUCCCGCCAGUCCCACGGUGUGGGGCAAAUCUUGAACUACAUGGCCGUUGACGCCCAGCAGCUCUCCGACGUACUGGUCCAGCUGCACUACCUCUGGCUAACGCCGCUACAGGUUGGGGCCGUCAUGACCCUACUUUACUUCAGCAUUGGUGUCGCCAUGACCACCGCAGCAGUUGCCGCUAUGGCCAUACUCAUAUACAUAGUGAUGGGGGCCCAGAGGAACAAACGGUACCAGCUCAGGCUGAUGAGAAUGCGAGACAAACGCAUGAAGGCCAUCAACGAGUUGCUCAACUACAUUCUGGUGGUCAAAUUUCAGGCGUGGGAGGAUCAUUUUAAUGGGAGAAUCCAGAAGCUCCGUGACGAGAAAUUUGCCUGGCUGACCAAGUUCUUCGUUUCUGUGUCCGGACAACUCAUCACUCUGUGGAGCGCACCGGUGGUCGUGUCGACGCUCACCUUCGUCACAUGCAGUCUCGCCGGGGUGGAGCUCGACGCGGGCAAGGUCUUCACCGCAAUGUCCUUAUUCAGGACCUUGCAGGAGCCGGUGCACAACUUCCCCCAGGCACUGAUCCAAUCGGCGCAGGCGCUCAUUUCCUUACAGCGGCUCGACGAAUUCUUGACCAGCCGCGAGCUCGAGGAUGGAGGCGUGGAGAAGGCCCCCCGGGGAUGCGACGACGGCGUAGCUCUGGAGGUCCGGGAAGGGGCCAUCAGCUGGGACGAUGAGCCGGCGGAGGGCUCGGGCUGGUAUCUCCGGGACGUAAACGUUGUCAUCAAGAAGGGGUCGCUGGCGGCUGUGGUUGGGACCGUCGGAUCUCUCAAGUCGUCCUUCAUCUCGUGCGUUCUCGGGGAGAUGAACCGGAUUUCCGGCAAGGUACGCCCAUGCCCUCUCAUCUCUCUCUCUCUCUCUCUCUCUCUCUCUCUCUCUCCAUAAAUGUAUCUGGAUGAAUAGGCGGUGGGUGAUGUGGAAGAUGGGCAGGUUCGGGUGUGCGGGAGGACGGCGUACGUGCCGCAGACGGCGUGGAUACAGAACGGGACGAUACAGGAGAACAUACUGUUCGGGGCGGCGAUGGAGCCGGGGAGGUACCAGGAGGUGCUGCGGGUGUGCUGCCUGGAGAAGGACCUGGAGAUGAUUCAGUUCGGUGACCAGACGGAAAUCGGGGAGCGGGGGAUCAACCUCAGCGGCGGCCAGAAGCAGCGCAUCCAACUCGCGAGGGCUAUCUACCGAGACUGCGAUACCUACCUCCUCGACGACGUCUUCAGCGCCGUCGAUGCCCAGACCGGCUCCUUCAUCUUAAAGGUCAGACGCCUCCCCCUCGCUGUAUUAAUACUUUGCUUGGUCGCGUCGGAGAAGAAGAGGGCCCACGGCUGGACAAGUUUGACAUGAGGCCGUGAACCAUGGGGACUAAUGCGUCGUACCGUGCCGGAAUGAACUCCGAGCCUGGCUGCAACCUGGCCCUUCCUGAGCUGGAGAAGGAAGAGAGAAGUGACGGGCUUUCGAAUCAUGAAACGAGCCCAAACGGCGAACAUGAUUAUUUAGGUCUGCUUUCUUAAUUUACGUGCGAAAAACCUAAUGAUCCAAUUUUUUUUUAUUAUCUUAUCGUUUAUUUUUUAUUUAAAAGUUUAUGACCAAUAUGCGAAAAACCGACGCAGGAAUGCGUGCGAGGGGCUCUCAAAGGAAAGACGGUGGUGCUCGUGACCCAUCAGGUAGACUUCUUGCACAACGCCGAUCUCAUAUUGGUGAGCUCUUAUUGCCUUUCGGUGUCCUCCUUGGUAACGUUAACCCUGGUUCUUUCCGUGAGGUUUUAUGCUGUCUGGAUCAGGUCAUGCGACAAGGAAAGAUUGUCCAAUCGGGAAUCUACCGGGAACUCCUCGGCGCCGGCACAGACUUCGGCGUCCUCGUAGCCGCCCAUGCCGCUUCCAUGGAGAUAGUCGAGCAGAACGCCGCCACAGCCUGUGAGAAUGAUGCCCCGGCGAAGGCAUUAGAGCUACCCCCCCAGACCAGACCCUCGCCGAAGCACAGAACGGCUCCGUCGGCAUCCCCACGAAGGGGAAAGGCACGGCCAAGCUCAUCGAUGAGGAGCAGCGGCAGACCGGCCCGGUCAGCUGGCGCGUGUACAAGAUGUAUGGGACGGAGGCUUGGGGAUGGUGGGGGGUGGUCGCGGUGCUAGCUACUACCGUGGUGUGGCAGGUCGCCUUGAUGGCCAGCGACUACUGGCUGGCCUUCAAGACCCCAGCGAAGAACGUGGCCUUCUUCAACCCCAUUGUUUUUAUCCGCGUUUACGCCACCAUCUCCAUCGUCUCCGUAGUUCUCGUCACGGUGAGGGCGUUAGUCGUGGCGUUCCUGGGGCUUGCGACGGCGCAACUCUUCUUCCGGCAGCUUCUUCACAGCGUCCUCCACGCGCCAAUGUCCUUCUUCGACACCACGCCUUCUGGGAGGAUUCUGAGCAGUAAGGAUUUCGAAAAAAUAUGUGGAAGCAUAUGCGAACUAGUAGUCUCACUUAUUCUUGAUUAAAUGUGGCUAUUGAGACAGUCAAAGGUCUGUCCUUAUUCCAGGCGUCAUCGGAUCAAACCAACAUCGACCUGUUCCUUCCGUUCUUCGUGGGGAUAGUCGUCGCGAUGUUUAUGACUGUACUCAGCAUCCUGGUGAUCACAUGCCAGGUCGCUUGGCCUACGAUCAUAAUCAUUAUCCCAUUAGCAGCGCUCAAUUUCUGGUUCAGGGUACUCUCCAAUCCUGCUUUUCCGUUCUACUUUCUCUCGAGAAAAUAUCCUUCAAAUUUUGGUCAAUCAUAUGUAGCUAUUAGUUCAUUUUAGACUACUAUAUUUUUGAACCGUGUCUCCAGGGAUACUACCUGGCGACGUCUCGCGAGCUGACCCGCCUGGACUCCAUCACGAAGGCACCAGUCAUCCAUCACUUCUCAGAGAGUGUCUCUGGUGUUACAACAAUCCGCUGUUUCAGGAAGGAGGAAAGUUUCUGCAAGGAAAAUGUGGAUAGAGUCGACGCGAACCUGAGGAUGGACUUCCACAACAAUGGAUCCAACGAGUGGCUGGGUUUCCGCUUGGAGUUGAUAGGAAGCCUCAUCCUAUGCUUUUCCGCUCUCUUUAUGGUCGUAUUGCCAAGCAGCAUAGUCAAGCCGGGUACACACUCUCACGACUCUCUCUCUCUCUCUCUCUCUCUCUCUCUCUCUCUCUCUCUCUCUCUCUCUCUCUUUCCCCUCUCUCUCUCUCCUCCUCUCUCUCUCUCUCUCUCUCUCUCUCUCUCUCUUUCCCCUCUCUCUCUCCCUCUCUCUCUCUCUCUCUCCCUCUCUCUCUCCCUCUCUCUCUCUCUCUCUCCCCUCUCUCCUCUCUCCCCCCUCUCUCUCCUCUCUCUCUCCCCCCCUCCCUCUCCCUCUCUCUCUCUCUGGAGGUCAUGUUGCUCACAGUGGAUCGUUGUGAUGGCAGAAUAUGUCGGGUUGUCUCUAUCUUAUGGCCUCUCUCUCAACACUACGCUGUUCUUUGCGAUAUGGAUCAGUUGCUUGGUAGAGAAUCGUAUGGUAUCUGUGGAGAGGAUCAAACAGUUCACGAACAUCCCCUCCGAAGCAGCCUGGAAGAUCAAGGGCUGUCUCCCGUCAGCGAGUUGGCCAACCAAGGGGAAUAUCGAUAUCAGAGACCUCAAGGUAACGUAGUAAUUUCGUCGACCUUAUUCUAUAUUCUACGUGGGCGAAUCUUUCGGUAAACCAUACGGGUUACUGACGCAGGUGAAAUAUCGACCCAACACCCCGAUUGUUCUGAAAGGGAUCACGCUGAGGAUCAACGGAGGGGAGAAGAUCGGAAUUGUCGGCCGAACCGGAAGCGGGAAAUCGACGUUGAUCCAGGCGCUGUUCCGGGUGGUGGAGCCCACCGAGGGGAAGAUAGUCAUCGAUGGAAUCGAUAUUUCAAUGCUGGGCCUUCAUGAUCUCCGGUCGAGGUUCGGGAUCAUCCCUCAAGAGCCUGUUCUGUUUGAAGGAACGGUGAGGAGCAACAUUGACCCGACGGGAGUCUACUCCGACGAUGAGAUAUGGAAGGUGAAGCCGAAAAGACCCUGACAUCUUUCACAAGUUAAUUUCUUUAUUUUCCAUCUCUCAAGGUUCCCGUCGUCUGCUUUGUCCUCGGAGUUCGUCAUCGUACAUUCGUCCUUUACUGUGCUCCUGAAUUUGCAGAGCCUGGAUCGAUGCCAACUCAAGGAAGUUGUGGCCGGAAAACCGGAGAAACUCGAUUCUAUGGGUACGUUCAAUAAUGCGUUACUUGUCGGAGAACUGGCCGUCCCCGAAGAACUUAUCGACCGGUUGUUGUCUGGUGCGGGCUUUCCUUAUUCUGUGAUCUUCAACCCCUUGCAGUGGUGGAUAGCGGAGACAACUGGAGCGUGGGGCAGAGGCAGCUCCUCUGCCUGGGCCGGGUGAUGCUGAAGCACAGCCGGAUCUUGUUCAUGGACGAGGCCACCGCCUCGGUCGAUUCACAGACCGACGCGGUGAUCCAGAGGAUCAUCAGAGAGGACUUCGCCUCCUGCACCAUCAUCAGCAUCGCCCACAGGAUACCCACCGUGAUGGACUGUGACCGAGUCCUGGUCGUAGACGCAGGUAGGCUCACGAUUCCCCAGUCCACAGGCACAGAGAGAGAGAGAGAGAGAGAGAGAGAGAGAGAGAGAGAGAGAGAGAUAGCGUUUUCAGAAAAUAAUGGGCCAACAGAUGUUUUUUCUCGUCUGCACAGGAUUCGCGGCGGAGUUCGACAAGCCAUCGAACUUGAUAGAGCGGCCGUCACUCUUUGGAGCCCUGGUUCAGGAGUAUGCUAACCGCUCCUCUGAUCUAUAG